GGGAGGGAGCAGGGAGAGCUCGGAGCACACAGCCCCUUCAGGCGGGCAGGGGAAAGGGAAUAUUUGAGCAGGUGUGUUCCCCCAGCCCAAUGCACACCUGUGAGGACUGGCCAGAGCGGCUCGUGCAUGCCAUGGGAUCAGAAAUCUCAGUGGGUGCUCUGGAGAGGUGAUUCCGAUUGGGGUUUUGAGCAGAUCUGUUUUCCCCCUUGACCAUCACAGAUAUUUGGGAGGAAGGUCACUUUCCCGAAGUAUCCGUCCUCUGUGCCCCGAGGGCAAUGUCGUGGUUCCCGGGCUGUAGCAGAGAGCAUGGUGGCUCCACGCUGUCCUUGUUGGGGAGGGGAAGGGCACAUCAGCCUGUCAUGACCCCACUGCUCCCCUCCACUGGUGGGACACACCUGACAGGCGCUGGGGCAGCACAGGAGCGUUUUAGCUGUAACCAGUGUGUUGCUCUGUGUUUACCAGUCCAUGUUCCUGGUACAGGACAUUCCCACCAUAACCCUUGUCCCCAUAAUCUUGCUUACACAUGCAUUGCACCUCCUCCACUGGGAAUCCCCACUGACCUCCUUGCGGCACUCCCAAAGGACACAUGGCUCCAGAGGGGACCUGCAGGGCUGCAUCCAGGGCUUGGGGCUUUCCUGCUCCGGGACCUCGAGCAUGGGGCAGGGCAGCAGAGUGGAAGGCUGGCAGGAGGGCUUGGCAUCCUUGGGCAGCUCUUUGUAGCUGGUCCCGAAGGUGGGUGCCCUUUCACAGAGCAAACUGGCUCCUGCGACCCACUUAUUUAAAAUCACACAUUUAAAAGGUGCGAGUUUACACCCAUAUGCACGUGUGAUUGCAAACACAGGUGGGCUCUGUGCAAGGUGGGGGAAAGGCUUUUCCCCAGGGCCAGCAGCCCCCCUGACCCCCUGCAUCCUCCCCACAGCCUGCCCAGCCAUGGCAGCCUCGCUGAGCCGCCCCUGCUUCAUCUCCCUCCACCUGCCCUACAGGCAGGGCUGGGGCCAGCACCUGGCCAACACCUUUCGCUUCCAGCCGGUGGCCGUGCGGGAGACGCCGCGUGUCCGGCAGCUGGCCCUGCGACGGGAAUCUGCCAUCUUCCUCGUCAACGAGCGCCUGGCACCUGCACGGGAAUUCACCUCGUCCCACGACUUCCUCUAUGACGUAGAUCCCCAGCCCACCCUGGGCACGGCCUCCAACGUCUGCUUCGAGGUGGAUGAUGUGCCGGGGCUCUGCAAGCGGCUGCAGAGCCAGGGAUGCUCCUUGCUGGUGCCCCCCACUGAGCUGAGCGAUGAGGGUGGUUCUGUCACCUACGGCGUGGUGAGCUCUGUGGUGGGCAACAUCAGCCACACCCUUUUGGACCGAUCCUCUUACCGGGGACUCUUCCUGCCGGGCUUCCAGCCCAUCCAAGGAGCCCCCUCAGCCACAGGGGAUGGGAUCAGGAUCACUCACUUUGACCACAUCACAUAUGUGUGCCCCCGGGGCGGGGCCCGGGCGGCUCUGGACUGGUACCAGCGCUGCUUUGGCUUCCACCGCUUCCUGCUGAACCCCCAGGAAAGGCCGGCUGAGGGCUACGUGCUGGGGGGGCAGGGGGUGGGCAUGCUGCUCCUCGCACUGCAGAGCGCCCAGGGCACCCCAGCCCACGGCUGCAAGUUGGUCUUUGCCGAGUCCCUCUCCCAGAACGGCACCAACCAGGUCGACACGUUCCUGGAGCAGCACGGCGGGGCUGGGAUCCAGCACGUCGGCCUCUGCACCACUGACAUUGUCAGCACGACCAGGGCUCUGCAGCAGCGGGGGGCACGGUUCUUCACACCCCCUCCCACGUAUUACAGCCAGGGGGGAAAAGCAGAGGAGAUCCGAGGAGCUGGGCAGGACCCCCACAUGCUGGCAGAGCUUGGCAUCCUCCUGGACACCACAGUGCCUGGGGACAAGGGCCGGCCGGGCACUGAUGCCACAGAGAGCCCCUCUCGGGAAUAUUUGAUGCAGAUCUUCACCCAUCCCAUCUUCUCGGAGGAGACUUUCUUCCUGGAGCUCAUUGACCGUAGGGGAGCGCCCGGCUUUGGGGAGGGAAAUAUCCGGGCGCUAUGGAAAGCUGUGCAGCUCUACAUGGACCAGCAGCAGUAGUGCAACGCUGCAGUCCUCCCCCAGCUUCUCCACUCCAACCCUGGGGCAAGGACCGUAGAGAUCCCAUCCCUGGCAUGGCCCAGGUGACCAGGGACCAAGGGGUGGCUCCAGAUCAAUCCAGAGCCAACCCAGCUCCAGCGGGAGCAAGAUGCUCAGGGCUGAGUCCAGCAGGGGUGUGAGCAUGCCCCAGAAUGGCUGGGAUUUCUCCCCUGACCAUGGUUCCCCAGUGAUUUAUCGACCACAUGUAAAGAACUUCCUGCCUUAGUUUCAGCUUAAUUUAUUGAGACUUGAGCCUAGAGCAUGGCCAAGAGCGUGCUGGCACAGAAACACUCCAAACACAGAGAGAUGAGGGGCUGCCUGAGGGGAGUGGAUAAUCCAGAGGCCCUGGAUUACGACCACUUAGGGGCAGUUACCACCCACAGCAUGACCCAGCCCUGCAGGGUGAGUGGUGGCCUCUUCCUCCUCUCAAUUAAAGAAUUAAUUUACAGGCACUGCUUUGGGUUUUUAAUCCUCCUAUUUAAGAUGUGCUGAAUGCCAGGUGAGGAUGAAAUCGCCAUUUCUUGGGUGUGUUAACGAAGAAAUCCCUGCUCUUUCCA